GGAUACCCUCUGUUGCUGCGAGUAUCUGGAUCGGAAGGGGCAGAGGAGCCACCUGGCGGCGUGUUUCUGUGAGUGCGAGGACCUCGACGAAGGCUGUGAAAGUGUACUCAUGAGCUCGUGAAUCCUUGUCUUUCUGUAUCAGGGAUGGGGAGGCUGCAGCCAUUGGACUACAACUCCCAUCAUCCUUGGUGACAGGCCAUGCUGCUUGGGGCUGAUGAGAGUUUGCAUCCCCACUACAUCUGAAGGGCCAUGGUGAUUCCCACCCCUAUUCUACAGAGAGAUUCUUUGCCAGGUAAACUGACAGACCAGACAAGAAUAGAACUUGAGAAAGUUGAGGGCUAGUUCACAGAACUGGAUCUACUGACAAUGUGAUACACUCAUUAUUUUCAGAUGAGCAUUAGGACAAUACGAUGAGAUGCAGCCCCACAUAUUUCUGGGAAGAAACUGAAGAAUUAUGGCCAUUUCACACAUCCUUUUUACACUUGUCUGUAUGCAUAAUAAAACAAUCCCAUGCAUAAGGGGAAUAUAAACAUGUGCUCAUCCACAAGGGAGCUGACAAUUAUCCGAAGCAGCCCCAAGCAGCUGUACCUUGGUGAGAUCUGACACAAAGUGACUGAGAGAGUGACAGAAGCCAACACAAAUGUAUUUCUUGGUCUCUUCAGUCUUACAUGAGCAGACCUCUGUGCUUUUCCCUAACAGGUGGCUGACUUGCAGAUCUUUGCCCCCGGGAACUCUAGAGAGAAUUGCAGACACCGUCACAGACCGCUUUCGCCUCCCAUGGCUUAGGGGGGCUGUAAAGGUCGAUAUCAGCCUCCUCCCGCCAGUCAUCCUGUUGCCUGUCUUCCUUCACAUAGCAGCUUUGCACCUCCUCUUGGCUCUUGUCAUCCUGAUAUCACUUCCUGUACUGGUGCUGUGGUAUUACUACCUCACACACAGGAAGAAGGGCCGGACUCUUUUCUUCUUGAGUCUAGGGCUGUUCUCCUUAGGCUACAUGUACUACGUGUUCCUCCAAGAGGUGGUACCCCGGGGCCAUGUGAGCACCAGCCAGGUGACCCUUCUCACCUGUGGCUUAAUCCUCAUGCUGGUGGCCCUGUCUCAAGCCAAGAGAGACCCUGGCUACCUUCCCUGCCAAACGAGCAGUGACAAAGCACUUUGCCAAGGCGGCAACGUCAACAAUAACACCAUCUCCAACAGGAAUGACCUGGAGGGCUCCAAGGGGCUUUACAGAGCAGCUGUGCCUGACAUUGCAAUGAACGGUUACCCUGAGGGCUAUGCCAGAGUGCUGGAAGCAGGGACAGGUGGGGUCACGGAGGACUGGUGCACCAAGUGCCACUUGGUUAGGCCAGCCCGAGCUGGGCACUGCCGGAUAUGUGGCAGGUGCGUGAAGAGACUGGAUCAUCACUGUGUCUGGAUUAACAGCUGUGUUGGGGAACAGAACCACCAAGCCUUUAUCCUUGCACUCUCCCUUUUUCUGCUCACAUCAGUGUAUGGGAUUUCUCUGACUCUGGACACCAUCUGUAGGGGGAAGGCUACCAUCAAGGCACUCUUCUACUGUCCUGGUGUCUAUGGAGACUACAGUUCUGCCCUUUCGUUCACCUGUGUGUGGUACUGUACCAUUGUAACUUCCGGCAUGGGCUACAUCCUUCUCAUCCAGCUCUUGAACAUCAGCUACAACGUGACUGAGAGGGAAGCUCGAAUUGCUUUGAAGGAGAACACUGGGCAGAGGCUGUUAUGGGGCAUGGUUGUCGACACAGGCCAAUACCAUCGGGGCAUUCUGCACAAUUGGAUCCAGUUCUUGACCUUGCGCUCAGCCGAUCUGCAGCACUCCACUGAAGACAUUGUAUGAAAGCAGCUUCCUAUCAAUCACAUUUAGCUAACUCAUAGAUUGAUCAUCCACACCUGAAGUCAUUAAGGGGACAGGUAGUCCUCAUCUCUUAAGCCAUAUUUUAAGAGCAACGUUUUCUCAGAAACAUGCGAUAUUCCAAAUGCUGGGCACGAAUGACCUGGUUAUGGGGGUGACUAUGUAUGUCAGCCUCUUAAGUGCUCACCUGCUUAGCCACAGCCGGCUACCAGUUUUGGAUUAGUGUCUCAGUCUACAGUUCUAUGCGCUUGUGCCAAUGGACUGUGUACAUAGCUGUUUACAAGGAUUAUACACAUUAACUGUCAGGAACAUUCCUGACAUUAACCUGGCAAAGAGUGUUGGGUUGCGGUGCUGAAGAGGUAGUGUAUUUUUUAAUUCUAAAGGUUUGAGAAACUUCAUGUGCUUGUGAGGACUAAUCUUAAUGUACCACAAGGAAGUUCAUUUGGGCAUGAGCUUUAAUUUUGUGCUUGUCAAUGGUGAUGAUGGCCAAGGGUGGUAUCAAAAAGGGGGCUGCUCUGCAGUUUAACCCCAUGCAGAAAAAGAUCAAAAUAGCAACAACCCCCAAAACCGAGAAAUGGUGUUACUUUUCCACACACACACCCAACUCUUUGCUUCGGUGGUUCUACUAAGUGCCUUUGUGAGACGUUUUCUUUGGAGCUGUGAUUUGUGAGACUUGUGGAUAGCAGGGGUGGUUUUGUGUGUGGUGUUCUCAAAACACCUCAGAGAAAGUAUUUGCAUUUAAUGAAUGUCUAUUUUCUCCCCUUUCCCCACAUCCAUUCAGCAAGGUUAAAAAUUAAAUCUGUAAUUGAGGGGUCAGCAAACGUUUUCAGCAGGGGCCGGUCCACUGUCCCUCAGACUUUGUGGGGGGGCAGACUUUUUUUUGGGGGGGGGGAGAAUGAAUUCCUAUGCCCACAAGUAACCCAGAGAUGCAUUUUAAAUAAAAGCACACAUUCUACUCAUGUAAAAACAUGCUGAUUCCCGGACCAUCCACAGACCGGAUUUAGAAGGCUCCAGCCCCCUGGCCUUAGUUUGCCUACCCAUGCUGUAAUUGCUGAAAAUAAACUCUUAAAUCACUUGGAUCCAAAAACUUUAAAAAGCACAGAAACAAUUGGCAUUAGAAAGUACUUAAUAAUGAAGGAGAAUUGAUGAAACCUAUCACUGCUUUGCAUCAUGUAUGAUCAACUAUUUUAAUUGGUUGUUUAUUUAGGAUCCUUGUCUCAAUAGUGUUCCCAUAAAAAGUCAUUUGCUCAAUCAGAUGAUUAGAAAGCUUUAAUUUCCAUUUAGAUAGGAAAAUAAAAAAAUUCCUUCAGUAGCACCUU